ACAAGUGAUAAUUCAGAAGUAGAAAAUAAACAGAUAUCCUAUAUUAUUCCAAUAGAUGGGAAACCAUGUACCGUCCACCUAAAGCAAAGAUUAUUUUUAGCAGAUAAAUUUAUGGUUUAUUUGUAUAAUCAAGGAUCUGGGAAUUCUUAUUCUUCAAAUAUUCAGAGUCACUGCUACUACCAAGGAUAUGUUGAAGGAUAUCCGGAUUCUGUUGUCACACUCAGCACGUGUUCUGGAUUGAGAGGAUUACUGCAAUUUGAAAAUGUUUCUUAUGGAAUUGAACCUCUGGAAACUGAGCUUGAAUUUCAGCAUCUUCUUUAUAAAUUAAAGAAUGAAAACAAUGAAUUUGCAGUUCAUACUGAAAAUAACCGUGACAUAGGGCAAAAACCAAUGGACUAUAGCAUUUUUAUAAGUGAAAAAUUGGAAUCAGCUGUUCAAGACUUAAUUCCUCUUUAUCUAGAAAUGCAUAUUGUGGUGGACAAAGUUUUGUAUGAUUACUUGGGCUCUGAUAGCAUGAUAGUAACAAAUAAAGUCAUCGAAAUUAUUAGCCUUAUAAAUUCGGUAUUUGCCCAAUUUAAAGUUACUAUUGUGUUGUCAUCAUUGGAGUUGUGGUCAGAUAAAAAUAAGAUUUCUACAGUCGGUAAGGCAGAUGAAUUAUUGCAAAGAUUUUCAGAGUGGAAAAAAUCGUAUCUUACCCUAAGGCCUCAUGAUAUUGCAUAUCUAUUCAUCUAUAGAGAUUAUCCAGAUUAUGUGGGAGCAACGUUUCCUGGAAAGAUGUGUGUUACUCAUUAUUCUACGGGGAUUGCUUUGUAUUUCAAGGAGAUAACUUUGGAGGCAUUUUCAGUAAUUGUCACCCAGAUGCUGGGGCUUAGUCUGGGAAUAUCAUAUGAUGACCCAAAGAAAUGUCAGUGUUCAGGAGCCAUUUGUAUGAUGAAUCCAGAAGCUAUGCAGUCCAGUGGUGUGAAGACUUUUAGCAGUUGCAGUUUGAGUGACUUUAACGAUUUCAUCUUAAACAUGGGUGCCAAAUGUCUUCAGAAUAAGCCCCAAAUGAAAGCGGCUUCAACAGCAAUCUGUGGCAACGGCAGAGUGGAGAGCCCUGAAAUCUGUGACUGUGGUACUGAGGAACAAUGUGGACCUUCCAGCUGUUGUGAUCCUCAAACUUGUUUGCUGAAAGCAGGAUCACAAUGUGAUUCAGGAUUAUGCUGCAAAAAUUGUAAAUUUCUACCGUCAGGUUUGCAAUGCAGACCAUCUGCGCAUUCUGCAUGUGAUAUUUCUGAAAGUUGUAAUGGAAGCUCAGGAGCCUGUCCUCCUGAUAUAACUAUACUCAAUGGACGUGAAUGUAACAAAAAUUAUACGUGUUAUGAUGGACAAUGCCAUGAUCUUGAUGCACGUUGUGAAUCAAUAUUUGGAAAAGGUUCAAAAAAUGCUCCAUUUGUCUGCUAUCAAGAAAUCCAAUCUCAAGUUGAUAGGUUUGGGAACUGCGGUAAGGCUAGAGGCGGCCAUAAAUACUGUCAAUGGAGGAAUCUUAUAUGUGGAAGAUUAAUUUGUACCUACCCUACUCUAACUCCUUUCCGUAGAGCUAAUGUUUCUGUGAUUUAUGCUUAUGUACAAAACAUUAUAUGUAUAGCUUUAGACUACAGUAUUUAUGACCCAACUACAGAUCCAAUGGUGGUCCCUAGUGGCUCUCACUGUGAUACUAGGAGG